AUGGGGAACAUCUUUGGCAACCUGCUGAAGAGCCUGUUAGGGAAGAAGGAGAUGAGGAUCCUGAUGGUGGGGCUGGACGCUGCAGGGAAGACCACCAUCCUAUACAAACUGAAGCUGGGAGAGAUAGUCACCACCAUCCCCACUAUCGGUAUGGAAAGUCUCACAGUCUAACUACGAAGGUCAUAACUUUAUUGGCUAUAAAGGAUUAGAACAAAAUAAAAUGCAAUAUAAUUUAGAAAUGGUACCCAUCCUUAAUCAUUACACACCUACAACUGUUUAUAAGGCAUUUAUAACACACAUACGACUCUUUAUGAGAGGUUUAUAACACCGACAGCUGUUCAAAAUACAUUUAUCACACUAAUUUCCCUUUCCCUGGUCAGGGUUUAACGUGGAGACGGUGGAGUAUAAGAACAUCAGCUUCACUGUCUGGGACGUGGGUGGCCAGGACAAGAUCAGGCCUUUGUGGAGACACUACUUCCAGAACACACAGGGUAAGGAUAGGGAGCGAUAAUAAGCUUUAGCUCAGAGGGCUAACACUGUUGUGACUUGUAAGCUGAGCAGGAGGGUUCUUAACUGAUCUGCGACUGUGAAAUGGAGGUGGUUCAAUGAACCACGCUCAUGUGAUGAGUAACCUUGCCUGAGACCUGAAAAUGUACAUUAGCUCCUCAGGCUGCUAAUGCCUAGGCUUUAGCUCAAUGUGCUAACUCAGUCUUGUGACGUGCAGGAGACCUGUGUUAGAACCCUGGUUGGUGACACUAUAGGGAAGGGGUAUGCAAAUCUUACCCUACGAGGUCCGGAGUACUGCUGGUUUUCUGUUCUACCUGAUAAUUAAUUGUAAAUAUAAUGGGGGUCAAUGUGCGGCUAACAGCUUAGCUGCCUCCACUGACUGACUACGCCAUACUGGGCUUGAACAUGUGAUCCUCUGCUUCUCAACACACGUGACCGUCCUCAUUGACAACGUUCCAACCAUUUGAGCUAUACAAAAGGUACCAAUUGGAUGGCUCCAUUGGCGAUAUUUCAAGCAAGCUGUGGAGUGAGCUUACGGUAUGUUCUUAAACUCUGGUCCUAGAUCAGUCCCUGAUUGGAGUGGAAUAAUUAAAAUAUGUCUGUGGAACUGGCUUCAAGGUCCAGAUUUGAAUUUGAGGGCAAUAGGGCCAUGCUAGGACAAAGACUGCCCCUCCAGGCCUAUGACACAUCCAGCACCAUGAUGUCAUCCUGACACCCGAAGCGAUUGGGCUGACUCACACACUCUAGUUAUAGACAUUUGCAUACUGCAUCAAGCACAUGUUCUUCACAUUUUAAGCAUUUUAUUAGUUUGUAUUAGGAUUGUUAUUCUUUCUAUACCAUGCUCCAGUUGGAAGAUAAACCUGUUCAUUCUGAUAGAGGGGGAUGCCUACAGACAGUAAAACAUUGUCAUCAGUGGGUUUGUAUAGUUUCAUGACAAGCAUGUCGUGCUUCCUGACAAAUAAGUCCUGUUGUGGUUCCAGGUUUGAUCUUUGUGGUGAACAGUGUUAGGGUUCAGGGUAUCUAUCAAGGUUUCUCAUAGUUGCAGGUCAGAUCUUUGUGGUAGACACAGUAACAACGUUUGUUGUGGUUCCAGGUUUGAUCUUUGUGGUGAACAGUGUUAGGGUUCAGGGUAUCUAUCAAGGUUUCUCAUAGUUGCAGGUCAGAUCUUUGUGGUAGACACAGUAACAACGUUUGUUGUGGUUCCAGGUUUGAUCUUUGUGGUGAACAGUGUUAGGGUUCAGGGUAUCUAUCAAGGUUUCUCAUAGUUGCAGGUCAGAUCUUUGUGGUAGACACAGUAACAACGUUUGUUGUGGUUCCAGGUCAGAUCUUUGUGGUAGACACAGUAACAACGUUUGUUGUGGUUCCAGGUCAGAUCUUUGUGGUAGACACAGUAACAACGUUUGUUGUGGUUCCAGGUCAGAUCUUUGUGGUAGACACAGUAACAACGUUUGUUGUGGUUCCAGGUCAGAUCUUUGUGGUAGACACAGUAACAACGUUUGUUGUGGUUCCAGGUCAGAUCUUUGUGGUAGACACAGUAACAACAUUUGAUGUGGUUCCAGGUUUGAUCUUUGUGGUAGAUACAGUAACAACGUUUGUUGUGGUUCCAGGUUUGAUCUUUGUGGUAGAUAGUAAUGACCGUGAGCGGGUGAACGAGGCUCGGGAGGAGCUGAUGAGGAUGCUGGCUGAGGACGAGCUACGAGACGCCGUGCUUCUCAUCUUCGCUAAUAAACAGGUAUGGACAAUUGCUAUAGCCUCACUCAAUUCAUAUUUUUCUCUGCUGCCUCAUGUGCUUUUCAUCGCUAACUAUCCUUCUGUCUACCUGGGAUUUCAUUUCGCCUAUAAUCUUCUCUCUCAUGUUCUUUUGUCCACUCCUAUCCUUCCAACUCUACCUCUCGUUCUGUGUAGGACCUGCCCAAUGCCAUGAACGCAGCAGAGAUCACAGACAAGCUGGGGCUCCACUCCCUGCGUCACCGCAACUGGUACAUACAGGCCACCUGCGCCACCAGUGGAGACGGCCUAUACGAGGGCCUUGACUGGCUGGCCAAUCAGCUGAAGAACAAGAAGUGA